AGUGUUAACUGUGUGUUUUCCAGCAGAAGGCUUUUUUAGGUGGUGAAAUGCACUGUCAUGAUAUGACUAACGAGAAGGGCUCCCCAAAGCCUGGGGACCUGAUUGAGAUCAAGCGUCAAUAUUACCAGCACUGGGCCAUCUAUGUGGGAGGUGGAUAUGUCAUCCAUGUGACACCUAUAGGUGAUAAUUACCCCCCCACAUCAGCCAUUAGUGUUUCAUUAGUCACUAGAAGGGCGAAGGUGAAGAAACAUCUCCUGGAGGAUGCGGUUGGAAAUGAUGACUGGGCUGUCAACAACAAGUAUGACCACUACCGCGAGCCUUUCCCUGUGGAGGAGAUCAUCCGGCGUGCUGAGAGCCAGAUUGGCAAGGUUGUGCUGUAUCGUUUGUUCUACAAGAACUGUGAGCACUUUGUGACGGAGGUCCGCUAUGGAGAGGGAGUCUCUGAGCAGGUGAGUGGCCCAGGGUGAGCCCUGGUGCUCCCAGAGCAGCUCCUGGCUGCUGGCUGUGAGCCGGGCACUGGGACACAGCCUGCAGCCUGCAUGGGCACAGCCCAGUGCCAGGCGUGGGCUCCAAACCAGCGCUGCCUCUGGCCUGCCCAGAGCCCCUGCACCUGGAGGGGCACUCUGCUCUGCCUG